GUCAAAACUGUUGUUGGGACUCCCUGUGCCUACUUCUCUUAAAUAGCCUGUUGAAGAAAGCUAAAGAGGUACGUUUGAAUAGUUUUCUUCCCCCGCUCUGAGAUUUUGCGGAGGAUUUCUAGGUGCAUGGGGUCCCUUCCAUGGUCCUGCGAGCAUGGUUGUUAUUGCGCUUCAGAGAUUUGAGUGUUUCCUUAAUGACAAUGAGGUUCCCAAGUGAGUAAAAUAAGUACAGAAGAGACUAGACCUUUGUUCUCUCAGAGAUAGAAAGCAUUCAUGGCGCGCUAUUAUUCCUCCUCAGAUACGAAGGGGAGAGAAAUCUGGAGUGCAGCUUUAAAAGGGAAAGUUGGCCACAAGUUAAGUUGAAGGAAGUCAUCAGCAAUUGUGCGUGAUGUGCUUUUGAAUCCAUUGUUUGAUUUCCAGGAUCAAAGACAUGUCGGACAGAAGCUAUGGAGCAGCACUAAAGCAGAAGAAGGCAAGCAGAUCUGAGGGGAGGAAGGAAACAGAGGAGAAAAUGGGUGUGGAGAAGACGCCAACUGUGUGGUUUGCGCUGAAGAAGUCUCUCCACUGCAAGUCUGAGCCAUCAGACGUUUAUGACCCAAAGACCAGGGGUCGUAUGGGCACCAUCUUGACAAGGAAAGCAGGGAGGUCUGGGUGCUCUAGAUCCAUUGCCAACCUCAAAGAUGUCAUCCAUGGGAGCAAGAGGCACCUUGAGCGGCCACCAAGCUGCAGCCCGAGGUCCAUCGGGAGCAAUGAGUUCCUAAAUCCAAUCACCCAUGAGGUGAUCCUUAGCAACUCCAGGUGUGAGCUAAGGAUAACUGGAUUCGGAGGCUGCCCUGAAGGUGAUGCUGCGUUAGGUUCUACCUAUGUGGGUACCCUUAAGCCAGGGACACCAGGGCCAGGAGGGCACUAUGCCCUCCACAGCACUCCUUCACACAGGGUAGCCAACACCACACCUCCAAGGAAAUCUCCUACCCUCUUCGUUGACAGAGAGGGACAUGGCUUCGGGAGUUCACCCCUUUCUGGAUCUGCUCUGGGUAGUGAUAUUGGAGGUGUUGGAUUCCACCAUGCUGCUUCAACACCAAGGUUUUCCCAUGAAGCAGAUUCACAAACAAAGAGACCCUCUGCUGCUGUGACCUGCCACAAAUGUGGGGAGCAUUUUGGGAAGCUGGAAGCCUUGGAAUCUCACCAUCUAUCCAAGCAUGCAGUGACUGAACUUGUGGAAGGAGAUUCCUCCAGGAAGAUAGUGGAAAUCAUCUGCAGAGCAAGCUGGUUGAAACCCGAGAGUAGUUGCAUCCGGAUUGACAGGGUCCUCAAGGUCCACAACAUGCAGAAGACGCUUGCCAGAUUCGAAGAAUACCGAGAACUGGUGAAGAACAAGGCGAACAGACUCGCGAAGAAGCACCCCCGGUGCCUGGCCGACGGCAAUGAGCUGCUACGGUUCUACGGCACCACCAUCGCCUGCUCCCUUGGCACCAACGGCUCCUCCAGACUUUGCUCGUCGGAGAAGUGCAGUGUGUGUCGGAUAAUUCGGCAUGGAUUCUCCACAAAGAGAGAAAUAGCGAAGGGAGGGAUCGGGGUGUUCACAAGCUCUACCAGCGGUAGAGCAUUCCAAACCAUCGAACCAUGUGAAGAUGAUAAUUCCACGAAGAAGGCACUCUUGGUAUGUAGAGUGAUCGCCGGGAGGGUGCACAAACCUUUGGACAACUACCAGGAGCUUGCAGGCCAGUCCGGGUUCGACUCGGUGGCCGGAAAGCUGGGUCUCUACGCAAACAUCGAGGAGCUCUACUUGUUCAACCCAAGAGCUCUGCUUCCAUGCUUCGUGGUUAUCUGUAGAACCUGAACGAACUGGUUCCUUUCUUUUGUUCUUCACUUGUAACGUUCUGAUUCAAAUCAACAGCUUCCUUGUUACGGAUUUGAAUCU